AGCUUUCCAGGGGGAGAGGAAAGCAGGAUGUCCAUAUUUGGAAGCAUUCUAAGUCUGCAGGAUGCCAUAAAUCGAUUUCCGCAGUUUGAAUAUCAGAUAAAUCGCCUCGAAAAAGAGCAAAAAGACACCGAAGCCGCGUCGAGAGCAAGUUUUCGCAAACAUUUUGUCAGACAGUGCCAGGAAUUGCAUAGACAGCUCGACGAUCACCGAAAUCGAAUUGAAAAGGCCAAAACUGACGAGACCUACAAGAAAGAAAACGCUCUAGAGCAACUUGACAAGUUGAAGCAAAGAUUGACAGCUUUGAGCCCGGAAAAGGAGCAAUUAUCGUUUUCUGUCAGUGUGGACUCUCAAUCAGAAGAAGAAAAACCGAAAAUGGCUGCAAUUGGCCGCCGAAAAAGCACAAUGUAUAACGAUGAUGAAUCAGAAGAUUCUGAUAAUGAUUCAGAAAUUAUUGAGACGGAUGUUCAGCUGGAUGAUCCUCUUCCGAGUCAGCCACAGCCUCCACAGCAACAGCACCAGCAACCUCAACCAAAACCCAGACAACCUAUCACAAUUACAAAACCUCUUGAAUCAAAGACUUUGAAUGAACGUCAAGAACUUGAUGAAGUCAUCUCAAGGCUUCAGAAUCCGAGUCGUGGAGAUUCUGGAGAAGUUAUGGAACCAGUUGUAGUCCGUGGCAAUGUUUUUGUUGCAAUUGACAGUUGGGAUGCAGAAGCUGAAGGGGAUUUGGAGUUAAUCAAAGGAAAGAAGUAUCGAAUCACACAGACAAGAUCCGAUGGUUGGUGGACUGCACUGGAUGAAUAUGGUCAGAGGGGUCUUGUGCCAAAGACUUAUUUACAACAUGUUAAGGAAAAGCCGAAGAAUGUGCCAUCAAAAGUGUCUAGUCGCCUCGGAGUUCGAGAUUCGGUGAUCGGAAUAUCUACGACUACUGAUCCAUCAAGACGAGAAGCAAACCGGCAGGCAUCUCGAGUUGAUGACUGUCUUGGUAAAGCAUAUGACAAUGACACUCACUUGUCACUAGUGUGCCAUAUGGCUCCGAGACUAUCAACUUCAAAUAUUGGAUUUCAUGAUCUUUUUUGGAGUCAUUACAAGGAUCAGGUUUACAAGCGAACUGUCCAUAUAUCAAAAAUUAUCCGUCUAGUUCGAUUUGAAAAGAUGCCCCUAAUCGAACACAAGGCACUUGUCAGAAUGGCUCUUGUCGACAUCACAAAUCCAAAAUCCACUCAAAUUGUGAGCAACGUGCACACUCUUGUGCCACGUGUCAAAUCUUCAACGUGGUACUUUGAGAAAAAAGAGAGCCAGACGAGAAGCUGCAUCGAGUUUUCUGAUUUUGUUCUCCGCUCAAACUAUCGAUCUCCGACAGUGGUACUUGUUGUGGAAGCAUCUCAUUUGGUGAAGACACAAAUAGGAAUUGAGGAAAAGAGUUUGGGACAUACAUAUCUGCGACUGAUAAUUGAUGAUAAAGCAGUGCCAAGUAGAACGAAUGUUUUGUAUUUGGAUGAUGAAGUGAUGACAAAAAUGAAGUUGCCGGAAGCUUCGAAAAGAAGAGUUCUGGUUCAAGUGAUGGAUGUUCCCAAGGAUAAGGUUUCAUAUGUGGACUCCCUCCCCGAUGUCAUAGUAUUCAAUGCUCUUUAUUUACCAUUCUUCCACUUUUACCGCCGACGAGCUGGAACCAUUUUAAUUCGGGACAAUCGGAAUCCAUUGAGUGCUGAAUUUAUAUCUGACCCACUUCUCUCUGUAUUCCCAUUUGUUUGUGACCAGCAUGACAUUAUGGAUAUAAUGCUGAAAAUUUGGAAAACCAAAAAGAAAGUGCUCGCCAAGAAAAACGAAGCUGAACAAACUGCCGAGUUCUUCCAAACUUUUCUACACACCGCGUUUUUUAUUCAUGGGAUUCGAAUGAUUUCGUAUGAUGUCAAAGAUGAUCUUACUCUUUCGAUUAGGCAACAGACUAUGCAACGAUUUGUGGAUGCAUUGAAUAAGGGACUUUUCAAGCAGUUCAUCGCAGAUCAACAAUGCAAACCAAUCAAUAUUAUCGAUUAUUCAUUGGAUCUUUUAGGCAAUCAUUCUAUUGACUAAUUUAUGGAGAUAAAAUUAAGCUCAAUAAAAAAUUUAACUGUGUAA